UUGGGGAGGAGGUCGGGAGGGCUGUGCACUGCGCUGAAGCAUGGCGGCGCUGCGGGUGCUGGAGCUGUACAGCGGCAUCGGGGGGAUGCACCAGGCCCUGAAAGGUACCCGGCAGCCCGGCCGUGCGGCCUCUCGCCUCGAUCUUCGCCGCCUCCCUCCCCCCCUUCUUUGGACGCCAUCUUCUCGCCUCGCUCCCGGCCCCCGGGGGGCUGUGAGGAACGCCAUCUUCUCGAGGGGGCUAAGAUGGCCCCAAGCCUCGGCCCCUUUCCCACUCUGCGUGUCCCCCCACUGUCAUGGACGGACGGCAUCCCAUAGCUUGGAGGCACGUCCUCCCCCAUCUUAGAGGCUGGAAUGGGGCAGUGAGGCUCGUGUUGAAGGGGAGGGGGCUGUGCCCAUGGAGCAGACACGGGGAAAGCUGCGUGUGUGCAGAAGUUGUUGCUGCUGUGGAUGUGAACACUCUCGCCAAUGAAGUUUAUAAGCAUAACUUUCCCAGCACACCAUUAUGGGCAAAGACAAUUGAGGGUAUUACACUGAAAGAAUUUGACAGAUUAUCUUUCGAUAUGAUUUUGAUGAGUCCUCCCUGUCAGCCAUUUACAAGAAUUGGCCUACAAGGUGAUGUGUCUGAUCCGCGGACAAAGAGCUUCCUUUAUAUUCUCGAUAUUCUCCCAAGGCUCCAGAAGCUUCCAAAAUACCUACUUUUAGAAAAUGUUAAAGGAUUUGAAUCCUCUUCUGCAAGAUGUGAACUUCUGCGAACACUAGAAACGUGUGGAUAUUUAUAUCAAGAAUUCCUCUUGUCUCCAACCUGUCUUGGCAUUCCCAAUUCUAGGCUGCGGUAUUUUCUAAUUGCAAAGCUUCACCAAGAGCCAUUUUUCUUUCAUGCUCCUAGUCAGAUAUUGACAAGAUUCCCAGAUCAGAGUCUAGAAGAGUUAUGCAAGGACAAUGUUGACAAAGCUAGUUCUUCCUUUCCUUCUGGAGAGAAGAGUCUGGAUUCAAAUACUGAUCCUGACUGCAGCAGCAAGAAGGGACACUUACCAAAGGGGGCCUUUCUUUUUAAGCUUGAAACAGCAGAAGAAAUGGUAAGGAAGCAUAAUCAGGACAAUGAUUCCUCUAUUCAAAUGUUAGAAGAUUUCCUGGAAGAGGAAAAUGAAGAAAUGAGUCAGUAUUUUUUAGCACCCAAGUCCUUGUUACGCUACGCUUUCUUGUUAGACAUCGUUAAACCUACUUGCCGGAGAUCCACAUGCUUUACAAAAGGGUAUGGGCACUAUGUAGAAGGGACUGGCUCAGUUCUGCAGACAGCAGUAGAUGUGCAGCUUGAAUCAGUGUUUAAGCACAUUGAGAGUUUAACAGAAGAAGAGAAGCUUAUGAAACUGACAACACUAAAACUGAGGUAUUUUACUCCAAGAGAAAUAGCAAAUCUGCAUGGAUUCCCUCCAGAAUUUGGCUUUCCUGACAAAGUAUCAAUAAAGCAAUGCUACCGGCUUCUGGGAAAUAGCCUCAACGUACGUGUGGUGGCAAAACUGAUCUCCAUUCUACUUGGGUAAUUUAGAACCUGAAUUGGACGACUGUGGACUGGUGACAGAAAAUACUUCAGUCUCUCAUGAGAAAGCUGAUGGCAGCCUAACAAACAUCGGAUCUAACAAAUACACCUCCAGAUAUUUUGCUAAAUAGUCCUGAUGUGUUCAAAUACCUUUCAGUCGUGGUGGAUUUGCACUCCGGAUGUCCUUUAUUGAAAUGGAAGUUUCCAGGAAUUAAUUGCUCCUUAUAGAUAUUGGCUUUACUUUGCAACUGAAAAAUAGCAGAAAUAAUCACGUGUGUCUCAAUAAAAGUGGAGAAAACAAUUUCAUCUGAAAGCUGUUCUCAGUGCAAUGUGAAAAGGCUGUAAACGGCAAAGCUGCUUUCAUUAAGUACAAAGACAAGGUUCUGCGUGUAAAAUGUUUCCACCUGUGAAUAUCAGCAAUCCAUUCUAAACAGAUUUAUUGUAUAUAUGAUCUAAUUAUUUUUUUAAGUCUAGCAGAAGUGUUAAACUCAGUAUUUUGUGAGGACUUUUUAAGAAGACCCAUUGUCAUCUGUGGUUUAGGUUUGUCUGAUCGUGUCUGAAUACUUUCAGGUUUCUGGAACCCAACUGUGUCUGUUUUGUAUGAGUUGUUCAGCCGAAUAAAAAUACUUCAAGAUUAUCAUAGCCCUGAUAACAACAUGGCCGUUUCUGUUCUCACUCACGUUAUUUAGGAUGAGAUCAUUGCUCCUUACCAACGACCUACAUGUAAAAGCUUAAAACUUUGUGUUUUCAUGGAUGUGAGUGGCAGAAACUACUGGGCUGAUGUGAGGCCGUGCCUACUGCUAAACCAUGUGAAAGCAAGCUGAUGAUGUUACAAACCAUAGUUAGCUGUGUGUUAAGGUGGUUCUAAUUGUGUAGAUGCAACCAAUAGAUCAGUAACUAGUUACUACAUAUUCUGGCUCUUGAGAGAGAUAAUAAUAGAUCUUCUAAACCUGUAACAGAAGUGAAGCUGAACUGAGCGAGUGCUUCUUUUCUCAUUACCUUGGUAAUGGUGAAAUGCCAAUCUUUUAAAUCAGGGGUUUGAAUGUUUUUUAUACACGAACUCAGCAUUUUCCAGACAAGGUGCAUCUUCCUGUGCUUGUGGCUCUAUAAAUUUUGUGGUAGCUCUUGCAAAUUUCUAAUACACAUAGAACAUUUAACUAUUCCCAACCUCUCUUGGGUUAACUCUUCAUACCAGCCCAUCCUUUGAUUCUUCUAUUUGCUAAUCAUACUGAAGUUCAGCAUUAAAUGGUCUUACUGUUCGAAGUGAUGAGUUUUACAAGGGCUGCUCCAAAAGUAAUGCCUCCUAUUUUCUUAUGCUGGCCCACAACAUCAGAUGUGGGUUUUAAAACUACAUGUAUUUUCUUCAUUGCACUUAAAUAACGUGAGAAUUUGGAGGAGGCAAACUAAGAUUUGGGUAACAACCUGAAGAUUAUUGACGUUUCAGGACAUAAAUAGUGUAUGAAGUAGAAGCAGUCAAGGAAAAUGCAUGCUAAAGUGUAAGAAACUAAGCGUAAUGUCCAAAAUGAAUUCCAGCAAGCACUCCCUAAAAAUAUCUGCAGCAUACGUUAAAGCAAUUUGAGUGUGUUGAAAGGACUGGAAUUAUCAGUAGAAAAGAAUAAAACCAAUGGAACUGAUCUGAUUUUAAAAGAGGAUGAAACAGAAAAUAGGAAGCGACAACAUGGUGGUUCGCAAAAGCAACAUGAUGCUUUGACACAGCGUGACUCUUGUAACACAGGAAAAAACAGGUAUAUGUUAUCUCUGCUUUCAUUGUGAUAAAGGAACCAAGGGUGAACUGGGGAAGUAAAUAAAUUACAGCUGAAGUCAAAA